CUGUGUGGAAAAUUAGUUUGUUUUUAAGGAAGCCACAGCACCUCAUCAUCUAAAAUCUCAUAUAAUUUCAUUUCGUUGAUUAAUACACACACAUAUAUCAUAUCAUAUCAUUCAUACGCACAUCAAAAUCUUCAAUCUUUACUUUGUUUUCCUUCAUCACUCUAAUUUGAGAUUGAGAUCGAAGAAACCCUAUCCAAUUACAUCUAUGGACGCUGAUAAUUCUUCUUCUUCUUCUUCUUCUUGGAACGCUCCUCACUCUUAUGCCACCCUCACUUCCUCCAAAUCAUACCUCUCCGCUCUUCAAUCUCGAUCAGAUAUGUUCAUGAAUGCUUUUGAUGAAAACGACGUUGAUGAUGAUGAUGUGAAGGAGGAGUUUCUAUGUCCAUUUUGUUCUGAGUAUUUUGAUAUUGUUGGAUUGUGCUGCCACAUUGAUGACGAGCAUCCUGUUGAAGCCAAAAAUGGGGUUUGUCCCGUUUGUUCAUUGAGGGUAGGGGUUGAUAUGGUUGCACACAUUGCCCUACAACAUGGAAGCAUACUUAAGAUGCAGCGCAAGAGGAAAUCACGGAAAGGUGGAUCUUAUUCAACACUAUCUUUAUUGAAGAAGGAGAUGCGAGAAGGAAGUUUGCAAUCCCUUUUGGGUGGGUCUUCAUGUAUAGUGUCAUCGUCUAGUGUAGCACCUGAUCCACUGUUGUUAUCGUUUAUAGCGCCUGUAGCUGAUGAAUUUUCCAGUUCUCAGAGUCAACCUAACUUCCUUACUGGGACAAGGCAAUCCAGAAAAAGCUCAAAUGAGACUCUACCAAAACAAAAUGUGGAGACACCAACGUUGUCAGUCAAGGAUAAGGAAGAAAGGGAAAAAAGAUGUGAGUUUGUUCAAGGGCUAUUGCUGUCCACCUUCCUUGACGACAUUUCAUGAAUGAAAUUCAUCUCUGAUGACUGCUGGUGGCUGCAGUUCCGGGCUUCUUCAAUCACUUGCGAUCCCUACACCUAUGGUAUGCCUGAAGUUGUGAAUGUAUCUGAUCGGAGUGAAAUAAGAUGUGGAAAUGAAUGUAAUUUAUGUUGUAUGUGAACUGAAGUUUCCAGAUUUAAUGUUUUAUUUUAUCCUUUAAUUUCAGUUUAUAAAUGUUGAAUGAAAAUAGAUGAAGUUACUUUCCUGCUAUACAUGACAUUCACGUUUGUCUUG